CAAAACCUUUCUUUGUUCCAGAUAUUCGACAAUCACUAUCACUUCCACCACCAUUCCGUGGCGAAGCGUUCGACGACGCAAGCGCACGCGCACCACGGGAAACUAGAGGGCGACUCGCGCGUGCGCUGGGCGAAGCAGCAGCGAGCGUUGUCCAGGAAGAAGCGGGAUUUUCAGCCGAUACCAGAUUAUACCUCCACAGCUGAAACAAAACCAUCGGACGCCCCGGUGGCUGCGCCGGCACCGUCGUCCGCCACCAAACGAGCAGCCGGCUCGAAGCGAGAGCAGCCCAGCCGGGUGAAGGGCCGGCCACGCGCCGCCGACUCCAAGUUCCAACUGAAUGACCCCAAGUGGCCUCACAUGUGGUACCUCAACCGAGGCGGUGGCCUGGACAUGAAUGUGAUUCCGGCAUGGCGGGAAGGCAUCACCGGCAAGGGCGUGGUGGUAACCAUCCUGGAUGACGGGCUGGAGACCGACCAUCCUGAUUUAGCUGCCAAUUACGAUCCAAUGGCCUCUUACGACGUCAACUCGCACGACUCGGACCCGCAGCCGCGGUACGACAUGAUCGACUCCAAUCGGCACGGCACGCGCUGCGCGGGAGAGGUCGCUGCGACAGCUAACAACUCGCUGUGCGCGGUGGGUGUUGCUUUCGGCGCUAGAGUGGGAGGAGUCCGAAUGCUGGACGGUGACGUCACGGAUGCAGUGGAAGCCAGAUCCCUGAGCCUCAACCCUCAGCAUGUGGACAUCUACAGUGCGUCAUGGGGUCCUGACGAUGACGGGAAGACCGUGGAUGGACCUGGAGAACUGGCGACGAGGGCUUUCAUCGAAGGUGUUACUAAGGGUCGCAACGGUAAAGGAUCCAUCUUCGUAUGGGCAUCAGGCAACGGGGGCCGAGAGCAGGACAACUGCAACUGCGAUGGCUACACCAACUCCAUCUGGACUCUGUCGAUAUCCUCGGCCACUGAGAGAGGAGAAGUUCCAUGGUACUCCGAGAUGUGCAGCUCGACCCUCGCAGCUACUUACAGCAGUGGCGCUAUCAAUGAGAAGCAGGUCGUAACAACAGACCUCCAUCACUCGUGCACAGCUGGGCACACGGGGACAUCUGCAUCUGCUCCUUUGGCUGCCGGCAUAUGCGCGCUCGCUCUGCAAGCCAACAGGGACCUAACGUGGAGGGACUUGCAACAUAUCGUGGUGCGGACCGCGCGACCCGAGCGUUUGAGCCUUGGCGGCGAGUGGAGAGUGAAUGGUGUAGGUCGCAACGUGUCGCAUUCCUUCGGCUACGGUCUACUGGACGCGGCGGGGAUGGUGCGGCUGGCGAGGACUUGGAGGACCGUGCCGCCUCAGAGGAGGUGCGAGCUGGCAGCGCCGCGGACGCAGAGGACGAUACCGCCGAGGUCUUCCAUCACUUUGCAGUUGGACGUAAACGCGUGUCCCGGGGUGAACUACAUAGAACAUGUCCAGGCGAGGGUGACACUAUCGGCCGCGCGGCGGGGAGACGUCCGCAUCACGCUCAUGUCUCCCGCUGGAACCAAGGUCACCCUACUGGCACCCAGGGCUCACGAUUCUUCCCACUCCGGGUUCAACUCUUGGCCAUUCAUGUCGGUGCAUAUGUGGGGAGAGUCGCCUUUAGGAGUGUGGCAACUGGAAGUCUCCAAUGAAGGUCGUUAUAUUGGUCGAGCGACAUUGCAAGACUGGUCUUUAACGUUAUACGGAACUAGCACGCCGGCUGCUAAAAACGAUCCAAUACCGUUCCGGAAUCCGAUUACGAGCCGGAACCGGAGCAACGCGACGCGGCCCGUGGUGGUGCAGUCGGGCCGCAAAAACAACCGGGGGAAGGCCGUCUCCAUCGUCCCCACCUACACGGUCGGCUUAGUAAAGAGAAAGAAAAACAAAAACUCGAAAAAUCCAAACAGAAACGCCCAAAAGUCGAAGCAGAGUCGGCCGGCCACGCGCUCCCCGAUUGAAAGCACGACCAAAACUACAACGACUACGGCGGCUCCUGAUCUGAGUUUGAACCUCCGGGGGGACAUGUCAGACCCGUUGGCCGACGCCCGGGGCCGCAAGAUGUCUAGCCUCUUCGAUCAGUACCCGAAAAUCCAGCGUAUAUACCCCGCACCACUCCAAGCCAACGCGGGUCCGCUUUCGCAGUGGGAGCUAAUAUUCUACGGCACAGAGACGCCCCCACAGGAGUUUGAUGCGUCGCCAGAGACGAACUUGCUUGGGGGCCAGCCGGGGGCCGGGGGGGCCGGAGGGGCCACCUCGUGGACGGGCCCCAGCGACCGGGAGUCCAUCGAGGAAGUCCGCCAGAACGCCAUCGAAGAUGACUUGGCACUUGUCUGGCAUGACUCCCAUUCGAUCCGCGAGGAGAACUCCGCGUCAUCAGCGGCCAACAUUGGCGUGACGGGCCAACAGUACGCAGGCAACGGCUGCGCGACGCACGCGCUUGCUGCGCCGCACCACUGCCUAGAAUGCGCCAAGGGUUUGCACUUGUACGACGGUCGAUGCUACGAACGAUGUCCAAGCGACACUUACGCCAGCGAGGUCCUAACCGAACGGAGUUCCAGAAGACAUAACUUUACCGACCCUGAGGCCGGCGCUAAGGCUAAAGCGAAACGGCAGGGUCCAGACAACACACAGCCGACGGCAUUAGAAGCUUUAGACAUGGAGCCUAAUUCUCCGAAAGUGCCGCGCAUUUGUCUCCCCUGUCAUUACACUUGCGCCGCCUGCUCGGGCCCCAACGACAGCCAAUGUCUGUCGUGCCCGGGUGACGCGCAGCUUGUCAACCUAACGGACACCCAGCAAAAGUUAUUCUGCUACCCUAACACACUUGUGCCACAAAUAGAAAACGCCAACUGGCACUACAGACUCAACGUCGCUCUAUCUGUCAUCUUGUUCGCGGUCUCUUUCAUAACAUUGUACUUUUUGCUUGCCUAUCUUCUCAAACAGUUUCGUUUCCUCUGCUGUGGCGGUAACUACAACUCUAACAUCGACAUAGCGUACAACAAGCUGGCUGUUUCUGAAAAAGAUACGACAGCCCUCGAAAUAGAAGAUGAAAUAAAGAAGGCUUUAGACGACUCCAGCUGUAGCGACUCUGACGAUGACGAUUUGAAUUUAUAGCAACUGGAUUAUAGCAACAUUCCAUCCAGAAUUUUAUGCAUUGACCGACCAAGUAGAUGUUAGUGAUUAGAGUAGGUUGAGUUUUGUUAACAAUGCAGGGCUCGUAUAUGUGAUAUUAUAAUUCGAUUGUCACAAUUUUUUAUUACAUUAUUUGUAUAGUAAGUAAAAGAUUGACUGUUGAGAAUGUACUCUGGAAAUUAAUUGGAUUCGUACAAAAUAUUUUUCGGGUAGUGAUGAUUAUUUUUAGCGUAGUUUUAAAUUGUUCGUUAGUCCAAAGAGCUGAGCAUCUGUGAAUUCCUUAAAUCGCUAAACUUUAAUAACUUUCUAUUUAAACUUCUUUCGUUGAACGCAAAAUUCAAGUACAUUCUUAUUUUUGCUCUUAAUUUUAAUUUGAUACUUAUUUUUAUAUUUUUUUUUACUUCGUGACAUUCCGUAAUUUCUAAUUUAGUGUAAGUUAAAUAUAGUUUAAUAGUCAUUCCGAGGGCCAGGAGCUAUAAAUAAUAAAUUCCUCGUUGAUUUCGAGAAGGUCUCUAAUCAUAGUAAUACUUUUAAAAUAACAUUGGAACAAUUUGCAAGAUUUUAUAACAUAAUUAAAUAAAAAUUACGAAGGCGGUUGGCACAAUAGACUUUAGCAAUCUUGUACACAACAUGUAACAAAAAUUGAACUGUCUCAGGGAUUUCGAACUAUUCUGCUUUGCAAUCAAAGCUGGGUUUCAUAUCACUAGGGAUCUAGAUAAUUCUAUGUCAAUUGUAGUCAGCUUUAUUUGUUUGCAAGAUUGCGGAAUUCUACUGUGGUCGACCGUCCAUUAGUAUUCCGAAGGUGUUCGUGUGGCCCUCAUAGUGUCCAAUUUUAUUUACUUGAACAAAACAAGGUUUAUAAAAUGACUAGGUACUUUUGGAUGACUGCCAAUAUAAGUUAAUAUCUCUUAAAAUUCAACUUUGCUAUUCGAUAUUAUGUCUCAUUCUUUAUUAAUUGUGUAGAUAUUAAAGUCCAAAAUAUUUUGACCCAAAGAGAAUCAUUUUAACGUUUAAAACUUGAAAACAUCGAGAUUACGAACAUUUCUGAGUGAGCUAGAUAGACGUAUUAAUAAUUAUUAUGUAGAAAUAUCAAACUCAAUAUUCCAUAGCAUAAUAAGUAAGUAAGCAUAAUAUUACUUAAGUAAAUUUGCUCAAGUUGCCAUUUCAAUGUUUGUAUGUAGGUACAAGAGCCUUACAACUUUUGGAUGUAAAUAUUUUGUAUGUAAAUAAAUGAGUUCCUAUUUUCA